CAAUUAACCGUGCGUUGGUUAACGAGUACCAGUUAUCCAAGGAGGUUCUACAAUAUUCGAGAAGAAGAUUACCGAAACCAAGAAGAUGACAUUAGAGAACACACUCAUUGGAUAGGAACACAUGCAUGUUGGCCAAUAGUAUUGCAUAUUACGUACACGUAGCAUUAGAACUGGAUGUAAAUUCUCUGAACCAGGAUUCUAACGCUAAACAAAGAUCACUCUUGAACUUGCCGCCUAGUGCUCAGGUCACAUUUGGUAGCACUUGUUGGUCGACUAUUGUCGUUGGUUGAUCACACUAUCCCAGUCCACGUUCCAAACAAACGGCGUCCGAUCCAAGACUCCAGGCUCAAGACUCCAGACCAAGGCUGGAUCAGCACACAAGCAAGCCACUUGAGAAAGUGGUCAGUGCCUGAGGGGAAAUUGCUUGUAGAUCCUUCGGUCCUGAACACCUAGUUGUGUUGGCUGUAAUUCAAGCGACAGAGAGAGAUAAACCGAUUUUCCAGUAAUCAACGACCAUCAGUGCGGAGGACCUGAUGAGAUGCAUGACGAGAGCGAUGGAGCAAAUGGCGACAAGUUGGCAGCAGGCGCUGAGUCAACAGCAAUAGUCGAUGGAAAGAGCGAUGGAGAAACAGCGAGAAGACAUGAUGCGGCAGAUGGAAGGCAUGCAAGACGCAAUUAUGAGAGUGCAUGCGAGUCAAGAAGAGCUCAGGGAAUAUCAAACGAGCGUGAUGUUGAGUCAGUUGAAUGAAGACAUUUGACGCGUGAAGAGUGAAGCUGUCCAAAAGGAGAGCGCUACACAGGAGAGAGGAAGAGCACCCCAGGUGAUUGUUUCAGGGGAUGGCAGAGCGGAAAGAUUGUCCAUGCCUCAGUUUUCGGAAGACCCGAUGGAAGAGUGCACACAUUUCUGUUUCAAGUAAAGAACUAUCUGCGUGCAACGCUGAUCGACGAGUACGCGAGAGGGAACCAACGAAGGAUCUUGGCGAUGGUCGUGGACAACUUGAGAAAAGGCGCAUUGGCUUGGUACCAU